AUGACUUUCAAGGCCGUCAUAUUCGAUAUGGGUGGGGUGGCGGUGCGGUUGGCCAGACAUCAGAAAUUCGUCGCGUUGAUUGCUCAAGGUAUGUGCAUUGCAAAAAAUACAGUGGAAAUUCGGUACAGGAAAUCAUAAAGCGGCUAAUUUUCCUUUUAUUUGGGGCAAAACUAUGGUUCCUACAAAAAAAUAACUUAAAAAAAUUUUUUUUCCACUGAAAUCUUUUUUCCGGAUUAUAAACCGUGGGAUAUCAGAUGCAAAGAAAAACUCAAAAGAUAUGUGAAGUUCCGCAACAUAGAUCUUUGACGAACUGCCGUCGAAUUAUCGGGCCACAAAGCAAAAUUUUCCCAGAGAAAUUUUUUUUUCGAGAAUUUUUCUAACCCCAUAACUCUGGCAGUUCGCAAAAAAAAAAAAAAUUUUUUUUGACGUUCAUCUGUCUGUCGGGAAAAUAAUGAGCACUCUGUCGCGUCGAAAAUUGCAUCGCCACCGAGAAAAUGGAUUGUGCCGCGGCAAAAUCAAAUUGCUUUUCAAUUCAGCGACAACGCGACAUUGCGUCCAUUAUUUUCCCGACAGACUGAUACAAUUUUUUUAUACGAAGUCUUCAAUAAACACCUCCAUUAUUCAGCAUAUCAGCAACCUUUCCUCCGCCAGAAAAUGUUCGACUUUUACGAGGGGAAAGUCUCGUUUGAAGAGGUCGUCAGCGUCACGAAUAAUGUCUUCGACAAAGCUGUAUGUUUUUCUUUUGAAAAUAUAAAUCGAAUAUACCCAGAAAGCAGAUAUCUUUGGCAAAAAUGAAAUUUAUUUUUAGGGUUCAAUUCAAGACUUUGAAAAUGCCGACUUCAAGGAGCAGGUGGGAACAACGGAUACGCUGAUUUUGAACGCUGUGCGAUGCCUGCAAGCGCAGGGAUACAAAGUCGGAUUGCUGACGAAUAACGGGUAUUGGUCCAGGCAAAGGGAACGUUCGAUGAUAAUCGACGAAGCAGACCAAUUUGAUGCCGUCGUGGAGUCUUGCCGAGUCGGCUUCAGGAAACCUCAACCGCAGAUUUAUAAGGUUUGUAGAGUUCUUUUGCGAAUUACAGCCAGGCUUUUGUACUAGUCCGUCCGGAAAGUUGCUGGACUGAAAUCAGCGGCACACUAUGAGAAGAAAAACGUUUUCUUCGCAAUGUUCAAUUUCUUUCUUUUUGCACCGUGCAGUAUUCUUUUUUGGGCUGUCGCACGCACGUUGGCUUUUUCGCACAGUGCGAACGCCAAAAAUUAAUUCACAGGGGAAGUACCCCAAGUACAACGCUCAGAUUUUGAUAGAACUUGGGACAACUUUAGAAUAUUUUUUUCUAAAAUCUAUGCGAAAAUCCUAGCUCGCGCUUUGCAGAAACAACCGAGAUUUUUAGAUUGAAAGUUGGCGAAAAUUUGACACUUUUUGCCGAAUUUGGGCACGAAAAGUCUCGUACCUAUUUGUGCCGUAAAAGGUAAUGUUUCCGAAAAAAUCAAUUUUUUCCGCACGAAACUGGCAAAGUCAUGGCCAAAAAGUGUUUUUCUCUUUGACCGCUCUCCGCGUUUAGCGUACUCUCUCGGGGGCAAAGAUGGUUCAAUAUCUCGGCGGUGCUUGCAAAGCGUGAGCUAAGACUUUCGGGAAUUGAUAUUUAGUUCGUGCCCAACGUGUGUGCAAAAUUUUAAGAAAAUUUGAGCGUCGCAAUUGGGGUACUUCCCUUGUUAGCACUGCGGAAUUUCUGCCUUUUUGAACAGUGCAAUAGGCUUUUUUGGGCUGUCGCCCGCACCAUAAUUUUUUUUGCAAAGUGCGCCUUGCCAAAAUAACUUCAACAACUUUACAAACGAUUAGCAAGAAAAUCCGUAUCUUUGUUUCCUCCCUUCACUCUCCGUUCUUUUAAAAUCCCCCAUUUCAGAUCAUGCUUGACAAGCUGAAUGUCUUCCCAUCCGAGUCCAUUAUGGUGGACGACAGUCCGUUGGUGUUGGAGGCGGCCCAUGCCCUCGGAAUGGGGACGGUCUUGGUCGAGAAUCAGGACACACAGAAAGCGAUAGCCGACAUUUAUCGCCUCCUAAAUGGCGAGAAGUUCAAUGCGUUGGAUGAGAUCUCAAAUACGGAGUGGAAGAAACGAGUCUUUGCUUAA